AUGAGAAGCGUCAGUAUCGUCGCUCUAUCUUCUACAUUCUCUGGCUUUGCCAUCACUAUUUUCAUCGGGCUUUUUAUUCUCCUCAUCGAGAUGCCAUUUUGCUGCGCAUUUAUUCCACAGACCGAGUUUAUUGCGCGUGCUGUCGACAAGAUGGGUCACCUUCCCAUUGCCAUCAUCUGUAUAAUAGUUGGCAUAAUAGCCAUGGCAAUGUGUCCUAGUUUCUCGAUGGGCUUCGCUCUGCUUUUCCUCCUUGCUUCUGCUGCUGUGCGAAUUUGGGAUUUCGUUUUGGCUAGGUAA